AUGGAGGAAAAAGUCUGCAUCACCGUGAGGGAUAGCAAAGGUGCUGUGAUGCUCAGAGUGAGCAGAGAAACUGCUGAAAGACUGACAACUGACAGCAGAUAUGCCAGUGCCAUACUGGAGCAAGUUAGAGCUGCAGAAAACAAUAAAGUAAACCCGCAAAUAGCAAGUGUUGUGACCCAAACUCCUGUCUUCCCCACUCCUCAACCUUUAGUCACCCAGGGCCCUACUUCUACUCCUACUCCUACUCCCCAGCCUAUAGUUCCCCACACUCCGGUCUGUACACAGCCAGCAACAAAUUUACACACAGAACAACAUUGCUACUACUGGAGCUGA